AAUACAAAGAUGAACGAAUAUAUUUGGAUUUUGGAAUGAAUAUUACAUUAGUACCUAUAUAUCUUACUGCCAAAUUUAAUUAAAAUAAAUCUAAAUAUAGACCUUAUACAGUAUUGUUUGUAAUAAUAGUAAUCCCUGUACAUUAACAAUAAUCAAGUAUAUAGUGAAUCUUGUGUUUAUGUGUUCUGUUAUUUAUAAGUGAAUGCUUUAAAAAAAGAACUGCGGUAUGUUUCCGCUGACUCCACCAGUGGUAAAAAGACUUUUAGGGUGGAAAAAAGGCCCAGAAGGAUCUUCUGCUGCUGAAGAUAAAUGGGCAGAGAAAGCAGUAAAAAGCCUAGUGAAAAAGCUCAAGAAAAGUGGUGCUAUAGAAGAAUUAGAAAAGGCUUUGUCUAAUCAAAGUAGUCAUACCAAAUGCGUUACUAUACCUAGAGUAAAACCAAAUGAUAAUAUACUGAAUGGGCAGUAUAGAAAGGGCUUGCCUCAUGUAGUUUAUUGCAGGCUGUGGCGUUGGCCGCAGCUUCAGAGCCAACAUGAACUGAAGCCUGUGGACCACUGCGAGUAUGCCUAUCAGCUGAAGAAGGACGAGCUAUGCAUCAACCCUUAUCACUAUAAUAAAAUUGAUUCUCCAGCGCUGCCACCAAUUCUGGUGCCUCGUUGUCCUGAGAACGAGGGUAGGGCCCCUCCACCCUACACGGAGUAUCAUCAGCUGCAUGACCAUACUGACAGCAUAAUGCAGAGCGUAGGACCGGUUGGUACUCAUAGCGCGCUCUACUUAGAAGCAACAUUGGGCCAACAGGUGCCUGGCAACACCACUGUACAUCUCGGUUCAUCAACAGUGGAGACUCCACCACCAGGCUACAUGAGUGAAGAUGGUGACCCGAUGGAUCAUAACGACAAUAUGAAUCUAACCCGCCUAUCUCCAUCUCCGGGGACCUUGGGCGGAGAGGCCGCUCCGGUGCUGUACCACGAGCCCGCGUUCUGGUGCAGCAUCAGCUAUUACGAGCUCAACACAAGGGUCGGGGAGACGUUCCACGCCUCGCAGCCAUCGAUUACCGUCGACGGAUUCACCGACCCUAGUAAUAGCGAGAGAUUCUGCCUCGGUCUUCUCUCCAAUGUGAACCGCAACGAGGUUGUCGAACAGACACGUCGACACAUCGGCAAGGGAGUCCGCCUCUACUACAUAGGAGGUGAGGUUUUCGCGGAGUGUCUGAGCGACUCGUCAAUAUUCGUGCAGAGCCCCAACUGCAACCAGCGGUACGGCUGGCACCCGGCCACUGUCUGCAAGAUACCGCCCGGUUGUAACCUGAAGAUAUUCAACAACCAAGAGUUCGCCGCGCUUCUCAGCCAGUCGGUGUCGCAAGGGUUCGAAGCGGUGUUCCAGCUGACGAGGAUGUGCACCAUUCGCAUGAGCUUCGUGAAGGGCUGGGGCGCGGAGUAUAGACGUCAGACGGUGACGUCGACGCCGUGUUGGAUCGAGCUGCACCUGAACGGGCCGCUGCAGUGGCUGGACCGCGUGCUCACGCAGAUGGGGUCGCCGCCGCUGCCCUGCUCCUCCAUGUCCUAGGCACACACAAGGAUGCCUCAACACAGAAUAAAGAUAUAUUUAAUAGUCCCUAAAUGUAGCUCAAAUCGAAUGCAAUACCUCCAAAAUGAGUCUUACGAAACACUUACGUAUUUUUAAUACUUCGUAGAAUUGUAUUGUAGCAUAUUUUCGUACUUUCAUUAUAAUGUAAGGGCGUUCACUCACUAAUUACCAUUUGUAAGGGCCAUACAUAAAUUACGUCUUACUUUAAGGGGGAGGGAGGGGCUCGACAAAUUUGUGACAAGGGGCGGGGAGGGAUUCCAAAUUUUAUGACAUCACAUUUUUUCAAAAUAUAAUAUUUUUAUUACUUAUCUUGCAAAGAUUAUAUUAUGUAUUUUUUUUUAUAUUUCGUUAGUUUUCAUUCCUUUGUUUGAUUUAAUGUUUAUUUUAUUGAAAAAGAAUUUAGAUGAAACUAGCAAUAAUUAUUUCGGAACACUGCUGUUUUAAUAAUUUCAUAUAUUUCUAAAUUUUUUAUUGCGAAAUACAUAUAUGACAUCACACCAGCUAACACGGGGCAGGGAGGGGUCAUACAAUCAUGAAAUCGUGUGACGUUAUUUAUGGAUGGACCCUAAUGAACAACUAUAUUGAUACUAUUCAUAAGUUUUUCGUGUAAAUAGUAUGUAGGCACUGCUUACAAGUGGUGUUCUAGCAUUGAAUGUUUGGCAGCCAUUUAAUUUAACUUGUGAUAUCCUGGGUGUUAAAACUAUGUGCUUAUAUUGUGUUGUGUUAUGCGAAAAGUAAAAAAAAAAAAAAUAUUCUAAUAUAAAAACAUCUCUAAAAUUAAGAAUUCGAUUGCAGCUAGGGUAACCAUUUAAUAAUUUUGAAAAGUCGUGACAAAAAGCUUGACCUUUCGAUAAUUUUCUUUUGUUAAGUUGAUCUCGUUUAGAUUUCGUUCGGACGAUUGUCUAAAAGUCCGGACAUGUGCGGAUGAUCCGCACGGUUGGUAACCGUGAAUGCAGCAACUUUUGCCGGGUCUUAUUGUAAUGCUUACAACUAUUCAGGGAAACGCAAAAAAAACAUCAAUUUCAUCCGGUUUAGUUUCGUUUUCGUUUCAGAGAAGUUCAGUCAGUUCGUACAGAGUACGUGAGAGUAAUUGUAUAUAUAUAAUAGUAGUAGUAAUUGUAGCUAUAAGAUUUGUAUAUUUAUGACUCGAGAAUCCUCGUGAUCAUGAGCAGGGUCAAUGCGGGCGUUAACUUAGCGUAUUAGUUAUGAUAAUUUAUGCUUAAAACUAUUCAUAUUAUAUUGAAACAUUAGUGACACAAUACAGUAAUAGAUCAGUACUUUAACUUCGUAUUAGAGCGCAAGAAUCGAGGCACGUACACAUACACACGAUUUACACGGCCGCUAAGCAAUCUUGGGGAGACAAAACUAUUGACUACCACGCCGUGCGCCGUCGAGACUGGUCGCUGUCCGAAUAAAAUUAGCUGCGCCACGCCGUCGGAGUUGUCAAUCUUUUUAUAUGUACCAACCCUAGCGCUAGAGGAAGGUAUAAAUUUGAAGGAGACCGCUGAGUUACGCUACUGUUCUAUUACUUGUAUUCUGCUAGUGACGUACUGCUCUUUACGUACGUACGUGUGUCUUUCUGACACACAAACAAAAUCACGUGACUUACAAUGUAAACAAACCAAUUUGUUCAAAAUGGCCAUUGUUGGCACGUCCUAGUGAACUAACUUAAUUUUUAAUGUAACUCUAUGGGAAAUGUUUGAACCACCUAGAACCCCGAGCCCAACGAUUUUAAACUUUUCUCCUUAGAUCAUUUAUACGUCUAGAUAGUCUAUGACAGCUGUGAAAACGUCGAAAAAAGGUGAGUUUAUAGGUUACCUCUGUUUUGAGCAAUUCACGCCCACUAACACAAAGUGUCAUACAAAUCACGAGUGUAAGACGUAGCUUGUCACGCACACUAAAGUAUUAAACUUUGUCUUUAAUCGGUUGUGUUACAGCAAGACACUCUAUCUAGACGUAUUAAUUAUCUUUUCUCAUCAAGAUUUUUUCCAAUGAUAUUGUGGUUGGUGAGGAAUAAUUACUAUCCAACGCCAUCUUUGCGCUUUAUGUACAUAUAUAUAUAGAUGUAUGUGUGUGUGCACGCACCCUUAUAUAUCGUUAAUUUUUGAAAAAAUCCUAAAAAACUAUGGAGUUGUUUAAUUUUAAUAAAAUACGAAUAGUUUUUUGUAUAAAAUUAUUUUGUCAUCAACUAACGAGUUGAAUAUAGAAUUCAUAAUAACAUUUAUUUAACCUCUCAUAAUCAUUAUAAUUACGCGUUGUUCUGUCUUUUUGAUAUAUUCUAAAUCGAGCAUAAAAAUCCAAUCGCCACAAAUAAUUAUUUUUAAUUUUAUAUGCAUUUGUGAUAAUUUCAUGCACUACUAGUUUUAAAGGUUAAAAAAAGGAAAAUUUCAAUUUCAAUUUUAGAAUUCCUGUAAAUAUACAAAUACUAAUACAAAUGCAAAAACGUCUCGAAAGUAAUUUACCUGUACUAUUGUGAUAUCGUUAUUUAUAUUUAAAAUCCAUGAACGAAAGCCAUGAACAACGCGUUUUAGCUGUUACGUUUUGUGUUAUUAUUAUUUGCCAUUUUAUGCAUUUAUCCAUUGUUUCAUUAAUCAUUAGAGUAUGGCGUUAUCAUUAAUGUUUGACACCUAUUUAUGUACAGUUUUAUCAUAAGCUAUUAGAGUUUUAAUGGGCGUUUUUUAUUUUCGCUUCGUCUCUAUAGUCAUUAUAUUGUUUAAGGUUAGAAUUGGCGACAUUUUGAUGCGAAAAAUAUUACUAUUUUAAUAGUUUCAUUUACAAUACGCUGCAAAAACUAUUAUCUUUUUUAUGGUCUGGCACCUAAAAAAUCCCUUAAAAUGUCUCGUAUCAUGUAAAUAUCGUAAUAUUUUAUAUAUUAUAAUUUUAUCGCGUUAUAUCAUGAUUGUUUACGCUGUCCCAUGAUUUUUAUUUAUUGGAGUUAAGAGUGAUAAUGGCACGCUAUAAUAUGGAUACAUUUUAUACUAUAAUUUAGUCGCGUGGGCGGCGUAUUCAAACUAUAUCGACGGAUUUGACAGUUAUUA